UCGUUUUAAUUCGUGUAUGAUCGGUUUUAUUCGCCAAGUUUGUGAAUGUGUCGUCACGGCGAGCGAGAUCGCUACAGAGGUUCAUAAGAUAAAGGCAACGGGUGUGACCGUAGCAGCGCUAUCAGGUCCAGUCCCGACUUCGCCUCCCGCGACCGCCGCCGUCAGCCGCCGUUCUGCGUCGCGUCGUGUUGAUAUUAUGUGAAGUGGCGAACGAAAAGGAUGUAUGUAUACAUACGUCUCGUCUUUCAGUUGACUUUCAUCGUCGUUUUGUAGCGAACGUUUCGCACGGAUAUUGAUAGGAAAUUGCAAUAUCGCUACGUAAUAUAUUUGCUGCAAUCAAUCCUGAAAAAGACGUUUAUACGUGAAGCUUUAGGAUUAUUUUGAACAUUGGUUUACAAGUGCUAGAGAAUUCUCUGAACAAAAAAUAGCGUUGGGAAAAAGCGUGGCGCAAUGCAGUGUAUGUUUGGAUGCGAAUUUAAACAGUGUUGUGCGAAUUUAAUACUGAGAGCGCGUGGUCUAGUGAAUCGUACUACAAAGUUGUGGUGUUUGCUGUAGCCAUGCUGCCAAUGGUGCAUACAGAGCCGGUGCUUUUCGAUUUUGGGGGUCCCAGCAUAGACGGAGCCACAACUCCGUCACCCUCGGUGCCGUCCUCACUCACGCCGCACUCGGAUGUUGACGAACUUGUAGACAUUUUCUUUGACGUCGAUGUGGCCGUCAACACUUUUUCAAGAGUCGAUUCCUGUGACCUCCAACUGGGAGACACAUGGAGGGGGAUGCAAGGCAAGAUGAGCGUGACAGCGCCGAUUAAGAAGAUAAAGAGAAAGUCAGACAGUAAACCACAGUCGCAAGUAAAUAAGUGUAUCAACGAGAAACGGCGUCGGGAGCUCGAAAACGAGACCAUAAAUCAGUUGGAAGAGCUCCUGGGCACGUGCCUUGCGGAGGUGAAACAGCCAGACAAGAACGGCAUCGUUCGCGAGGCAACUCGCCAGAUCCAGGAGGUGCUGAACCGGCGCCGCGAGUGCCCCGGCGAGUGUCCGUUGCGCGCGCGCCUGGAGCCCGUGCAGGCGGGGGAGGUCAGCUCCACGCAGCCGCAGCCACCGCCUCCAGGACACCACUACUCUGAGACCACUACACUUAUUGAGGCUCUAAAGCACUACACGAGCAGUCUUGGUUGGGUUUUACUGGAAAUUAAUUCAGAAGGCAAAAUCGUUUGCGUAACCGAGAAUAUUAAAGACUUCAUUCUGCAGGACAGAACCGAGUUAUACAAAAAAUCAAUCUUCUCACUGUUGCAUGCCAGGGACCAUGCGAAAAUAAAGCCCUUGUUGAAGAAUAUACAAAGUUUCGGUUGGUCCGCUGGAGACAGUGACAAGUUUCAAGCUAUUCAAGCCCGACUCGCCAUCCACAAUUCGAAUGGGACAGACGACGCCGACUACGUGGAGGCAGUGAUCCACGCGGCGCCGGUGCGCGGCUCGCCGGCGGAGCAGGCCGGCUCCGUCAUGUGCGUCAUUCGGCGCUGCGAGGACGCGUCGGCCCUGCUCCCCGCGCCCCUGCCCACCGACGGCCCGCCCAGCCGAGCCGACAUCCACAACGACCAGAUCGUCUUCAGAUUGGACUCCAAUUUGGUUAUCUUAACUUGUGAUUUAAGUGGUGUGGAAGACUUAGUAGGUACACGUUAUUUGGAACUAGUUGAUCAAAGUGAUCGCGUUCGCGUAGCCGCGCAUCUAAAGGGAGCCCCGGGGCUGUCCGCGCCGCCCUCGAUCAGCGACCCCUUCCGGCUGCGGCUCCACGAGCGCCGGCUGCGGGUCAUCGCGCAGACGCGCAUCUUCCGCGCCGAGGCCGCCUCCGACGACCACGACUUCAUCAUGUCCACGCACACCGUGCUCGACGACGACGCGCCGCUCGACGCCGGCCCCGCGCCCGCCGGCGCCGGCGGCCCGCUGCUGCCCUCCGCGCCCAACGGCGAGCCCUACCGCCCCACCAUGAGCCCCGCCGACUUCAUCGCCAUCAACGACUUCGACCACGACCAGUGGUUCUCGGUGCCCAACUUCCCGAUGGGCGACAUGUCCGAGGAGUCGAAGGAGACGAAGGGCAGCCCGUCCCCCGGGCCGCUGACGCCGCUCACGCCGCGCACGCCCGCCACGCCGGGCGACGCGCCGCCGGGCCCCGCCGGCCCCGCCGACGAACGCCUGCGCUCGCUGCUCACCAAGCCCGUGUCGGAGGCCUCCUCGGUGGCGUCCGAGAACCGGCUGCUCAAGAACCUGCUCAAGCAGGAGGAGGAGGACGGCACGUCGAGCGAGACGUCGGCGCCGCACACGCCGCUGACGCCGCACACGCCGCACACCCCGCACACGCCGGCCGCGCUGUCGCCGCACCACUCGCACACGGCGGGCGCGCGCGCGCUGCCGCACCACCCGCACGCGCCGCACGCCCCGCACCCGCAGCACGCCCCGCACUCGUCGCACAUGCUGCAGUCGCAGAUGUCCAUGUCGAGUGCGGCGCUGCACACUCUUCAGCCGCCUAUUAAUAAUGGUUCAGAAAUUUUAUCACGGAUAUUGCACACCAAUUCAGACGAAGACGCUGAAGAAAAUAGGAGAAAUAGUCAAGACGGGAAUCGGCCAUCACAAGUGUCGCAACCUAGUGCGCUGCUAACGCAACUUUUGGCAAACGGGCCGUCGAAUAAUGGCCGCUCCACAGACCCCGAGCGAGAUUACCUCCACGAGAGGCUUCAAGGGGUUAAACGAAAAUUUGAGGAGAAUAAAGGUUGUCCUACGAGUAAUGUUAAAAGGCCGACUUCUGAGGCUCAACAGGUGAGCUCUAGUGCGGCGUCGGCGUCACCCACCUGCACGUCCUCGGCGACGUCGCCGUCGACGUCGAGCGCCGGCAUGAGCCCGCUGUGCGCCAAGAACCAGAUCCUGGUGUCGCUGCUGGCGCGGCAGCAGACGUCGCCCACCACGCCCAUGCCGCUGCCCAACGCGCUGCGCGGCUUCCCGGCGCAGCGGCCGCGCGCGCCGCCGCCGGCCUUGCCGCGCCACCAGGCCACCAUCACCAACAUGCUCGCCGCUAACAACAACAGCCGGGCGAGCAAUGUGAACGGCGGCGGUGCGGGGUCGGGGCUGGAGAUGGCGUCUGCGCCCAGCCUGGGGCAGAGCCACCUGCAGCUCGUGCUGCAGGGCGCGCCGCGCGGCUACCCCGCGCCGCCCGCCGCCAACCCGCCGCCCGACCCGCUGCACUACGGCAACACCGCGCCGCUGCACGUCUACAACAACCAGCCCAUGAGCGGCAGUAGCCGGCAGGGCGAGCGCGGCGACAGCGAGGUCCCCUGCGGCGACAGCAUGCUGUCGGCCAUCCUGGACGAGUUCAUCGAGAACAUGCCCGACGCCGACCGGAACGCGCCCGACGUAAGCGUGCUCUUGGACCUGGAGACCUAUCAGCUCAAACCCGACAGCGCGGGUAUGAAAGAUAGCAAAGCUAUGAUCAACGCAAUAAGACAAAGUCUUAUGCAAUGUGAAACCGUCACCAAGAGCCCAGUGUCGACCAGUCCCGGACCGCCGCCGCCUGUGUACUCCGUACAAAAUUUGGGCGGGGGGAGCAUGAGCGGCAGCAACGCGGCAAUGUACAGCAUGAGCGGUGCCGGCGACCCGGCGCGGCGCGUCGGCGAACAGCAGCAGCAGAAGGCGCGUCUGCUGCAGCAGCAGUUGCAGCAGCAGAUGCUCGUGUCGCGCGAGGUGAGCUUCGUGUCACACUACAGGGCGGGCAGCAUGAGCGGCAACAACGCGGCAAUGUACAGCAUGAGCGGUGCCGGCGACCCGGCGCGGCGCGUCGGCGAACAGCAGCAGCAGAAGGCGCGUCUGCUGCAGCAGCAGUUGCAGCAGCAGAUGCUCGUGUCGCGCGAGGUGAGCUUCUUGUCACACUACAGGGCGGGCAGCAUGAGCGGCAACAACGCGGCACUGUACAGCAUGAGCGGUGCCGGCGACCCGGCGCGGCGCGUCGGCGAACAGCAGCAGCAGAAGGCGCGUCUGCUGCAGCAGCAGUUGCAGCAGCAGAUGCUCGUGUCGCGCGAGGUGAGCUUCUUGUCACACUACAGGGCGGGCAGCAUGAGCGGCAACAACGCGGCACUGUACAGCAUGAGCGGUGCCGGCGACCCGGCGCGGCGCGUCGGCGAACAGCAGCAGCAGAAGGCGCGUCUGCUGCAGCAGCAGUUGCAGCAGCAGAUGCUCGUGUCGCGCGAGGUGAGCUUCGUGUCACACUACAGGGCGGGCAGCAUGAGCGGCAACAACGCGGCAAUGUACAGCAUGAGCGGUGCCGGCGACCCGGCGCGGCGCGUCGGCGAACAGCAGCAGCAGAAGGCGCGUCUGCUGCAGCAGCAGUUGCAGCAGCAGAUGCUCGUGUCGCGCGAGGCGUCUGAGCAACCGCAGGCGGAUCUCGGCUCGGCGCUCGUGACGGGCGCGCCGCCCAACGUCACGCUGCAGCGAACCCCCGACUAUCACCGAUUGUAUAUAUCCCCCUCUAAUCAAUUGGGAUCAAAUUAUGGUACAAAUAAAAUAACUUCGACGCAACAAAACCCAAUGUUAUCGCAACAACUAACCGGGUCGCGGUACAGCGCGGCGCUGGCGGCGCACUCGGCGGCCGCGCUGCACACGCCCAUGUCGCAGCAGCCCUACCACCGCGCGCCGCGCCCGCAGCCGGUGGGCGGCUACUACGACGAGGGCGCCGGCUACUGCGGCGAGUACGCGCACGCGCGCCGGCCGCACGCGCCGCACGCGCCGCACGCGCCGCACGCGCCGCACGGCCCGCACGGCCCGCACGGCUCGCACGCCCCGCACGGCCCGCACGCGCCCAUGUCGCCGCACACGCCGCACCAGGUGCACCCGCCGCCCCACGACCAGGUCUUGUCAUGCGCAGGCAGCGGCGGGGUGGGCGGCCUGGGCGGCGCAGGCGCAGGCGCAGGCGCAGGCGCGGGCGGCACGUCGGAGUACGUGCGCAACGAGCUGCGCGCCGUGGUGGGCGCGCGCUCGGCGCGGCCCGACCCGCACCCGCACCAACCCCCCGACCUCGACCCGCUCAUGAGCUUCGACAUGUCCACGUCGAGCGGUGGCGGCAGUGUGGUGGGGGGCCGCGCGGCCUCGGCGGCGGGCCCGCAGAGUGCGUGGGAGUCGCCCCAGAGCACCCCGAAUACUACGGAGGCGGGCUCGGCGGAGGCGGCGGCGGCUCGCGGUGAUGAGGCGCCGGCGACCUCGGGCGGCGGGCGCACGCCGGCGGCGGCCGCGAAGGCCUCGCUGCUGCAGAAGCUGCUCUCGCAGUGACUCUCACUCGCUAAAGUUGCAUUUAUUACUUUAUCGAUCCUUCGGGUGGACGAUAGUCGACGAUACUUAAAUUCCAUCGUAACGAACGUCGUCGUUCCCGGUUACGGUCUACGCGGUACCUCUACGGCUGUAAAUCUCGCGGCGCGAGAAUAAUCAUAGUACACGUAUUUAUAGAACGUCUUAUAAUUAUGUCGAUAUGUAGUCUAGUAGUGCUAGUUAUAUAUGGAGUUGUAAAAAUCGUUUUGUUGAUGAAAUAUUUUUGUCUUGAGUUCUUUGAGAACGUUGUUUAAGAUUGAUCUUUACAUUUCUAUGAGUAGUUUUUUUUUUCGUACGAGAUUUUAGUUCGAGACGAAUUAUGAUGGUAGCUUUCUGCGACGGAAGAUAGUUUUACAAUGUACUCGUACGCCUAGUACAUACAUCAUGUACAAUAGAAAUGUACCGUGUGCAAUAUGGUAUAGAUUUAAAAUCAUAUUAGGCGUUGUGAACGUUUAUGUAAUAUAGUAUGAAAGUCAGAUGUUACCUGUUAUGACAAAGUAAUUUGUAUUAUAGUAUACUAGAGACGACAGAGUGAGUUUUAGGAUAUGGAAUUAGGUACACUAAGUUUGUAUAGUGAAAUUUACUAGAAAUGUUACAUAAGAAACCUUCCUUGUGGAGUAGCAAAUUACAGAGACGUGACUCCAAAUGAUUAAAAUAAAAUAUCGUUGGUCCUAAAACUCAUUCUGUAUUCAUAAUGAGACAUCAAGUGAAACAAAGAAUAAUAAUAAUAAUGGCGUGUAAAUACUGUGUUGUUAAAUUAAUUAUAUAAUUAUGUUGCUUUAAUGUAAAUAUUUUUUUAUUUCUUUGUGUUUCAUGUGCCUAUGGUAUAUUUAAUUUUAUGUUAUUCUCGUACAUUGUUUUCUAUAGCAUUGCAUUGCUUUAUUUAUAAUUUGACAGUUAUUCAGAAUUCUAUUCUAAUAAUGUUUUUAUUAUAUUGGUUGGUAGUCUUGUGCAUGUUUAUAAUGUAAGUCUUUCUGGAAAUAUUGUUAGCCCCCUAGUACAAGAGCGUCUAUAGUUUACAUUUAAAACAUCGCGAGAGUGUUAUAUAACAAUAGUCGCGACGCUAGCAAUCCUAGUUAGAUCUAUAAAUUGUUAGGAUGGGAGGACACUGGGUAGUGGGCAGGAUGUAUUAAACGACCGGCGUGCCGCACUGUUAUAGAUAAAUGUGCUGAACGAUGUGUCGAAGCGUGAACAACGUCCAUAUUACUUGUCAACUAUUGUAUGUACAGCUCCUGUUAAAUGCACACAUUUGAUGUGUGGACUACGGCUACUUCAGAUAAGGAAUUGUAGACCGUGUAGACUCAAGCACACAUUGGCGAAAGUUAAAACUUCCAUUUUAACUCAGUCUGACCUUCUUUCAUCGAAAAUGUAAUCAAUUUUCAUUUACCAUCAAAAUUUACAAUUUCUUCAAUUAUAGUGCACAAUAACAAAAAGGGCACUGACUAUUUUAGUGUUUGUAAAAUAUAACGUAGUGCUCAUAAUAGCGGUAUCAAAUGUACAAAAUAUUAAAAUUACAUUUAAUGACAUUUAAGAUAAUUUUAUUCAAAAUUGUACAGACGUUAUUCACUAACUCGAACACUCGGGACCAUAACAGGCUGGACGAUGCAACCAUAGUUCCGCUCCCCGGUCGUCGCCGUCGGCUCCGACUGGAAGCAAACCGACGACUCUAAUCUUACGAACUAAGUACUUUAGCUCAAGCGGCUCAACUACUAGUCUUUGAUGUCUUAUACCCGCGAUACAACAUUGGCGAUUGACAAUAAAUCAAACGAAUAUAAAUAAGGUAUGUACUUAAAUAGACUUGGGGGUACCAACAUUUCAAAUGCAUAAAUCCUACCGUUACUUUGAAUACCUACUCUUAUAAAGCGACACACGAGUAGUCAGUAGCACAUAGAAUCACGACAAAGAGUAUUGUGAUGUUUUAAGAUUUUACCUAACUAAUGAGUAACGUACAAAUAGUAUGUAGAAGAUAUCCAUAAACCAAAACGAGUAAUAUGUAUAGGAUAAGAAUAUUUUUCUACCAAUGAAAAGUACCAUAGUUUGGGAAAUGUAGACUACUGACCAAUUUGUUUGUGAAAGUAGUUUUGGGGAAGGGCACACCGGCUCGGUUAGCGUAGCGAUCAUCGCACUACACCGGCUCACCAUAGCAUACCAUAGCUAGCUAGCUGUAACAAUAUCUACAUCUGGAACUAUGAUUACUGCAAGUGAUUUUUUAUUUCCUCAUAAAAUUAUUAGAUAAGAUUUGUUUUAUGUACUAAAGAUAAAAGAAUAUAGCAAUAUUUCUAUUCAUUCCAUUUAUUUUAAGGGGGAAAUGUCAGAUAGAUAAAUAUCAAAUCAAUAAAGUACAAGUGAUGGCCUUUUAAUAUGACAACACUUUACCGUAAUAGAUGAAGAUUAGUCAGUCCACCUACACAUGCAUAUAUUUACAUACGGAAUAUAUGGACUUAUUAUCGGAUCGCUAGAAGGAACUGCAUGAAAUGCCGUCACUUAUUUACGUCAUGAAGCGAAUAAUUGUACACUAAAGUUAUAUUUUUUGCAGAUUUACGCUAACAUAGUGAAUACCUCAUAUUGUCUCAUAAAUAAUCCGAAGACACGUCCAUACACCACAAGCAGUUGAAUAUGUAAAUUGAAAAAAUGUAAAUAAAUAGAUGCAGCAAAUACAUGAGUAACAUAGGUGCCUGGAAUUUAAAAUAUAUAAAAGAUAUUUUUUCUAAGCAUCCAAACAAACGAUAAAUUUUGAUAUCGAAUAGCUACAUUAAUAAAUUUACGUACUUGUAUCAAAUACGAGUAAAAUUAUAAUAAGCAGCGAUUAGGCAAAAUUAAGAUUUUCAUUCAUAAUCUAUAUCUGUAACUCUAGGUUUAUAAACUCCGAAAAAGUGAGAAUGGGCUUAAUAAUUAUUAUACGAUUGUCGGUGAUUUGUAUGGAAAUUGGUAAUAGGUAAUAUAAACGUUAGUGCCCAUCACACGUGAACCAGGGGAACCUGUCUUCCAGUUCUUAGCGAUGGAAAUUAAUUAUAUCACUUGCGUUGAACGGGCUUCAUGCCCAGAGUUACUUCAAAUAGCUUUGUUUUCAUUCUUCACAUAAUACUGAAAUAAUUGGCAUCUAACCAAAGGUCAUCGAAAAUAUAUUCCUAACAUAUAAAUAAUGUAUUUUGGUAAAGAAGAUUUUAAUGUUUAAAUGGGCUUUAAGAAUAUAUGAUUAUAACUAGUAAUCGUGUAUAAGCAGUGUUAGAAUGUUAAUUGUCUUGGUGUUUUGGAAUGAAUUCACUGCAUAAAAUAUUCAAUUUGACUAAAUAUACAAAUCCUUUCACAGCUGUUUAAAAUACAAAAUUAAGUCUGUACUACAAAUGUUAUAGCAAUUGAUCUAGUUUAUGCACUUAAACUUUUGUUUCUUUCGAUCCAUGGCCGUUUACAGGAUGAUGGUCCCUAUUGUAAAAAUAUUAUAUGCCAUUUUGUGAACUAUUUCACUUGAAAGGUAUGUCAUAUAUGAUGCUUUUGAAUUGGGAUAUAUUAUAAUGUUUUCUCAAUUUAAUCUAGACUAGGCACCAUCUAUUACCACAGAGUAAAUCUAAAUUAGAGAUGCAAUUAAUAGGGUCCAAAUUUCCAUCCAAAAUAUCAGAAAUAUAAAUUCGGAUUGUAAGUUAAUGACGUCAUCGUUAAUAGACACGUUGCUGCAACUAAUUUACUCUGUGGAAAAGACCUCUGUUUAUCACUGAGCAUAUUGCGUCCUGAAACAUUGAUGAGUACGGGAAUCUUUGUUUCAAAGGGAAAACAUAAUUAGUUCUUCAGAUUUUGAUUACUUACAUGUUAUGUCCGUUAUUUAUUUAUUACCUACUUACAGUGUGUUCUUUUAUCACUAUUAUUUAUAAUCAAUGAAUAAGAAGUUAACACGCGCGUGAUAAUAUUUAUAAUAUAAAGGAUGACAGUUGCUAACACAAUGAGGUGUAUGUUCCCGUACAAGAAUGAUUUUAUUUUUUGUAUAAAAUCGUACCUCUUGUCUUGGCCUGUCGUCUGCGAACAAAGGAUGUUUCCUACCGUUGUGGAUAUUUCUAAGUUUAAUACGUUAGUGUAAAAAGCUAAUUAUGUUUUUCUAAGAAUACGCAAAGUGGUUUUAGGUGUUGGUCAGUCGCAGAAAGGAUUAUUGCGAACGUGAGCUUUAGUUUAUAAUAUAAGCGCACUGCAUGCGGCAGUGAGGAGCAGCGCUCGGGCGCGUCGGGUACGGUCCUGUCCGUCCUGUACAGCUCGGCGCGGCAGCACUACAUUUCUAGUUUGACAUUACCCUCUUAGACGACUAGUCUUGAUCGGGCAAUCAUCAUUUUUGCGAGUGGCCGUAAGUCUGUGUUAUUUAGUUCUUCAGAUGUUAGAUUAAGGCCUCUUGUGUUGCUGUGCAUUUCUAAGCAUUGUAUGUAUGUUUAUAAUAUUGUAAAUAGCUAAAAUACAUUAUAUUUUUACGACUAGCAUACGCAACCAAAGUUGUUAUAAAGUGAUGGUUGAUUAAAUAAUAAAUUUAAAUAGGUCGUUAUGUUUAUUUUAGGAAAAAAUACAAAUAAACUGUACAGUUGUAUAUGGGUACAUCCAAUGUCUCGUUGAAGCCUUUUACACAACCGCCCUGAUAUUAGUAAAAUCGAAUUUAUUAUUUUUUGGUAUAAAAACGGUUAAAUCUAAAAGGAAUAUAAAUUAUAAAUAAAAUUAACGGAAAUAAGUAGUGUAUGAGUGUGGCUUAAGCUCGUUUUGUUCCUAGUGUCUACCUAGCUUGUUCCAAAACAUAUUUCUUCUCGGCAUUUGUCAAUUAAUGAAACUUGACGCAUUUUGCUGUCUCCGAGAUAAAAAAAUCAGUGAAAAUAUAAUUUUAUUCCUUGAAAAGAUCAGGCAUUAUGAGUACAUUACAUUAAUUUAAGUUGUAUUUUUUGUACAUUUUAGAUUCGAAAUAUAUUAAUAUCUAAAAGGAAA